AGCAGAACGUAUAUCUGUAUAUAUUAUAUAUAUAUCUUUAUAUAUUAUAUAUCUCUAUAUAGAUAUAUCUAUAUAUGAGCUCAGGAGAGGAGAGGUAACAGGACUCUGAGAGGUAUGUACUACUAUCGCUAUGACAACGCUGAGGUCAGCUGCUGCUAUAAAUACCUCAUGUUCAGCUACAACAUCAUCUUCUGGCUGGCUGGAGUGGCCUUCAUUGCCGUUGGUUUCUGGGCGUGGAGUGAAAAGGGAGUCCUGCUGGAUCUGACCCAGGUGACCCGGCUCCAUGGAUUUGACCCGGUCUGGUUGGUUCUGGUGGUGGGCGGAGUCACCUUCAUUCUGGGCUUCGCCGGCUGCGUGGGCGCUCUCAGAGAAAACAUCUGUCUGCUAAAGUUUUUUUCGGGCGUGAUCGGCUUCAUCUUCAUCCUUGAGCUGACGGCGGCCGUGCUGGCCGUGGUGUUUCAGAGUCAGGUCCGAGAAUGGAUCAACGACUUCUUCCUGGCGAACGUCAGAGCCUACCGCGACGACAUCGACCUCCAGAACCUCAUCGACUCCCUGCAGAGGAUGAACCACUGCUGUGGUGCCCAGGAACCAGACGACUGGGACCAGAACAUUUAUUUCAGCUGUAACGGGACUCAUCGCAGCAGAGAGAAGUGUGGCGUUCCUUUCUCCUGCUGCAUCACGGACCCCGCGGACUCACCAGGAGUGGUGAACACUCAGUGUGGCUACGACGUCAGAAACAGACCCAAGAGGGAGUGGAGCAGUCAUAUCUUCACUAAAGGCUGCAUCGCUGCGUUGGAGGACUGGUUACCUGGAAACCUCUACACCGUGGCCAUCGUCUUUAUCGUCAUCUCUCUGCUGCAGAUGGUGGGGAUCUACCUGGCGCGGACUCUGAUCUCUGACAUCGAGAAGUCCAAAUUCACCUACUGAGACCACGCCAUGGGCCUAACCAUACAUGGACGGGGCCUAACCACGCAGGGGCGGGGCCUAACCAUGCAGGGGCGGGGCCUAACCAUGCAGGGCGGAGCCGCCGCCAGAUGUUACUGGACCAAGUAUCUUCAGUCAGACGUGCCUUCUUCUUCUCCUCUUCCUGUCAUCAGUUCGCUGCUCUUCUGCUGAUGACCCCGUUGCCAUGGGGUCUGUCUCCUUGACGACGUGUUAUAUUGUGUGUCUGCACCAGACUGCCUUCACUUCUGUUAACGAACAAACUGUUUACUGCUCAGUGCCUCAAUCUUCAUCAUCAUCACCAUCACCACCAUCAUCAUCACCAUCAUCACCAUCAUCACCAUCAUCAUCACCAUCACCACCAUCA